AAAAAGCUUUAAACAGUUCAGAGAAGAGAAAGCUGCCCUCAGAUCACAGUCAUGGUUCUUGCAUUCAUCUGUUUUCUGCUCUUUGCAGGUGGAUUAACGUCCAGUUUGGAAAUACAAGAUGAUCUUGGCAAGCAGUUGAACUCUAAUCAGAGUUACACAGAACUAUCGGAUGGGAAUACAACAAGUUAUAAUAUGACGGAUUAUAAUAACCAGACAUCUGACAAGAGACCUGAUGAAACUGGAACUAAGUGCAGAUACUGGGACGUUCUAGACUACCUGAACCUGACCAAAAGCAAUGACAUGUUGACCAUGAGCAGACCUACUAGACACUAUAAAAUAGCAUCUGGAGUUUACAUUGAAAUGAGGAUGUAUGCCAUUCUAGAUGUGCGAGAAGCCGACCAGUCCUUCAUGUCAUAUAUUUGGAUUUAUAUGGAGUGGGAAAAUGACUUUCUCUCGUGGGAUGAAGAGGACUUUUGUGGAAUUUCCGAAGUAGUGAUUCCACGUGAAUCUUUGUGGAUGCCUGAUGUUAUAAUUGAAGAAAUGACUGAAAAGGACAAAAAUGUGCAGAGCCCCUUUCUCAAAGUUCAUAAUUAUGGUGUGAUCGAGUACAGGGAUGAUAAGUUUGUGAUCAGCACCUGCAAGAUGAAAAUUUUUAAUUUCCCCUUUGACAUUCAGAGCUGCAACAUCACCUUUAGGUCGAUCCUAUACUCUGAUAAAGAAUUAAUCUUUUACAUGAAAAAUAACGAUGAAUUAAUCACAGAGGAGUCUAAUAAGAAUAUCCGGAUGCAGUACGAAUGGAAGUUUCUCAAUAUGUCAGUUACUAGAAAAAAGGUCCAGUACUUUUACACCAACCAAACUGUUGUUGUCUACACUAUAACCAUGAAGAGGAAGUCAGCACUUUAUGUCGUCAACUUCCUGCUGCCUGUCCUCUUCUUCUUGAGUCUGGACUUUGCCUCCCUCCUGAUGCCGACCGGUGGUGGAGAUAAGAUUAGCUUCAAGAUCACGGUGCUACUUGCUGUUACAGUGAUGCAGCUGAUUCUCAUUGAAAUUCUACCUUUUACCUCAAGCAAGAUUCCACUUAUAGUGAUUUACUGCAUUGGGAUUUUUGCUCUGAUGCUGUUCAGCCUCUUGGAGACCAUUUUCUUGAAUUAUCUGAUGACAAAGGACUCUUCAUCCCUGGAAGGCAAGAGAGAGAGUGACAAGCUUCAAAUAAUAAAAGCUUCCUCCACUGCCUCCACCUGCGAUGAGUUGACCGAUCAAACAGCAUCUAUGUGCAAAGGGGGCAGCAGCAGCCAGUUAUUCCUGGCCAUGGAGAAAGUCUCAGAUGAGCUCAGAGAGAUUAAAAAAAUUGUCCUUGACAAAGAGUCUGAAGAGAAGAAGGAUGGUUACUGGACCAGAGUCGCCAAGAAAAUAGACAAGAUUUUUUCCAUUAUUUAUGUCUUGGCAGCCAUUUUGUUUUUAUCUGUCGUCUUCUCAGUGUGGCUCUCAAAACCAAGCUUACCGAAAUGAAUCAGAUAUUAAUCUUAUUGAGAUCUGAGAAAACAACACAUCUCUUCAUGUAGCUGCAGGUUCACUUUGACUAACAAAGUAAUUGAAACUCAACAAUUACAAUUAGUGACGUAAAAACAGGCAACGUUAAAACAAAUGUGCAAAUCUGUGGAAAAAAAUCAAGGUCUUCUGGCUACUACUGCUGCCACUUGCAGAAAUAAACUGCUCUUCGUCAGAAACAACCAUGAGGAGAGUCUUAGACUACGUUCACACUGUCACCUGAAGUGACCCAAAUUCGAUUUUGUUGUUUGUUUAUUGUGGGUUUUUAUCUGUUUUUAUUUUUCCUUUUUGCGUGGUCAUUCACAUUUCCUAAUAUAUUUGCGACUUGUAAUCUCCAGUGUGAACUGCAAACAACCUGAAAUGAUCCCACAUGAGCAAUAGAGGGCGCAGUAACAGCGUUCUCAGUGUUUUGUCAACCGCCAGAAAAACGUAGAAGUAGUUUUCAGUGUUUGCGGAAGUAAACAUGAAUCCUAAUGACGGAGCGUCUCUUACGAUGUUGAGGUUGUUUUCCAACUGAAGCCAGCACAUUAACAACUUAAUCCUAUUACAGUCCGCCAUGAUUGUUGUUUUUCUUCCCACUUGUGUGUUUCAGGGCGCAGAAUAGUGACGUAUGUCGAGUAUCAAUGAUGUUCCAGGCGGAUGAAUGUGACUUGGCUUACUGACUCGAGUCACAUUUGAAAAGAUCCCACUCGUUUUAAAUUUAGGACCACAAAUCCAAGUGACCUCGGUCGCAUUUGAAAAAAAUCUGAUCAGUGUUGUUCAGACUGUCAUGAAAAGAUCGGAUACAGGUCGCAUUACGUCAAAAAAAUCUGAAUUUGGUCACUUCAGGCUGCAGUGUGAACGCACCCUUAGGGUUGCAGUGUAAACGUAGCGUUAGUAGUAUCAAUAACACUCAUCGACGUUCAACCUUAUGUUACAGGAAAACUGCCAAAUUGUCACGUUCACGACAGAGUCCGCUGUGGGAGGAAGGCUGUAGUGUACCACAGAGCUAAGGGAAGGGACUUGUAAGGUGUGCUGCUUCAAAAUGUUUAAUCCAAGUUCAGAGUUUUCUCAGAACUCUUUGCUGAUGCUUUAUUAAUUAUAUGGUAACUUUUGGCAAAAACCUCUCGUCUAUACAGAAUCUUAAAAUGCCUCAGAACUUCAUUCACUUCCUUAUAAAAUGCAGUGCCAUACAAAAACAUUCAUGCUUCUUAAAUGCUUUUAUUUUUUUCCACAUUACAACCGCAAAAAAAGUUUCAAAAUGUGGAGACAAAAAUCUGUAAAGUGUGGCAUGCAAUAGUAUUUAGUUCCUUUUAAUCUGAUACCCCUCUGCAAGCUGUUGCCUUUGUAGGUCGCCUAAUCUGUAAAUGGUCAACCUGUGUUUAAUGUAGCCUCAGCAUAAAUAAGCAUCCAAGACUUUAAUGUCUUGGAUGCAGAAGUCCUGAAUGCUCCAUCCACACUCUAAAGAUAGGUGGUGGCAGAAUUAUGCAGUUGGAUUGGGAUGCUUUUUAUUCAGCAGAGAUAGUGAUAUGGAAAUAUGGAGCAGGUUCUUAAAAGACUGACUUUGGACGGAGGUUUUCCUUCUUGCAGGACAACUGCUGAAAAUGUACAGUUGGUGUUACUGUGGAAUAGUAUAUAAAUAAAAAGCAUGUUCAGAUUAACAGUCAAGACCAAAAAUCUGUUUAAGAAUUUUGGUUAAGACUUAAGCAUCAACGUUUCUUAUGCUUUCCAUAUAAUCCAGAAGAUAUACCUUAAAAAUUAGUGAUUGUAAUUCAUGGCUAAGUGUUUAAAGGUUAAAGUCAAAUUACUAUUGUUCUUGUUGCAUGUUGUUAAGGUCAUACAGAUAAUAUACAUCGACAGACACCUGCAUGAAUUAUAACACUCAGCAUAAGCAUGUUUAUUAGAUAACAAAAUAAGGAUCACUUGAAUUUUACAGGAGUAAAGAUGUUGUGCUUUCAAGGUGUAACUUAUGUGAAACUGUUCACUGCAUAAAACUAAUGCAAUUCA